AUGAUUUUCCUCCGCGCCUCCGAUCCGGUCUUCCUCCGCCACUUUCGCGACCGCAACCCGCCCCGCGUGCUCGGCGUCUGCGUCGGCUACUCCAUGAGACCGUACAAGUUCAUGCCUCUCCCGCAGCCCCCGGGGCUCGCCGCCCUCUCACGCCGCGCGGCCUCCUCCUGCGCCGACGCCUUCGCCCGCGGAGGCCAGCGCAUCGAGCACUGCCGGAACGACCGCCUCAUCGUCGAGUCCCUCCGCAAGGGAACAUUCAAGCACUCCGUCCUUGCGCCGCUGCUCUCCGGGGAGCCCGAAGUGGUCCUGCCACCGAUCCCGCCGCCUGGACGGCAGCAUAAUCGCCGGAUCCCGACCAGCCCCUUCAGGCCGCACCGACCCAUGGCGGCCCCCGGAAAGUGGAGCGAGACGACCAUGCUCGUCAUCGACAUGCAGAAGGAUUUCCUGGACACGGCGAUGUGCAGCCCGGUGCUGGUCGCCGGCGGCGAGGCCGCCGUCCCCGCCGUCGUUGAGGCCGUCGACGUGGCUUGGGAGCGCGGCAUCUUCGUCGUCUGGGGAGGACUGCAUACAUGAAGCAUCUUGAUAAGCUGUAUAAGAUGCAUGAUAUUGCCUGGUUUACUCCAGUGAAGCUUUUUAAGGCGUGCAGCCGUGGUAUGCCUAUGCAAUAGCUGUGUCAAUCCUCUGCACGACUAAUCUUUCAGUCCCAUUGAAG